UCGUACAUAUCAAAAAUUUUUUUUAUUUGCUGCUUAAAAUUAUAUUUGGGAAGCGAUAAGAAUUUUAAUUUUUAAUUUUGUUUACAAAUAUAUUUUUAUAUAUAUAAAUAUGCUUAUCAAUAAUAGUUGUUAAUAUUGUUAUUUUAUUUUACGUAUUUUUUUUAUGUAAAAUGUGAUAUUUUUGAUAUAUUUAAUUAAUUGUAUGUUAUGCCUACAUUCCAUAAAUUUGUGAUAAUUAAUUGGCGUAGUAAAAUUUUUUUUUUUUAAAGAAAUUUUAAUAUAAAUUUUAUUUUAGAAAAGGAAUUAAAAGGGAUUUCUAAAAGGGGGGAAGAGAAAGGAAAAUAUUUUUUUGGGUUUCAAAGUUUAAAUCAAAGUUCUUAUGACAACAAUAAUAUAAUUUUACUUUUACAAGAAGUACUUAAAAGAAAUACACACAUAUUUUUGUAUAUUGAAAAUUAUAUUGAAAAUUAAUAAAAAACAAAUUUUAAAAGUUGGAAAAUUUUUGAUAAUGUAAUGUAAAAAAAAGUCGGAUUAUUCAAUAUGGAUAAUUUUGAAAAUGACUUAAAAAAUAUUGAGACCGAUACAACAUCAGGUUCUCCAAUAACAUCAAUUGAUAAUACGUUUUCGGACAAUAAUGUUCGAAAUCGUGUAAGUUCAUGGUUAACUGAAAUUGUUGGAGAAGUGCGAAAAAAGGGUGCCUCUGUUUCAAUACAAAAUUGGGUAGAUAAUUCGAAUACUUCAUUGGAAUGUUCCACUUCAGUUAAUAAUGAAGACAAUGAAAUUUGUGAUAAUACCAUUGCUCAAGAAAUUAAAAAUUUAAAAUUAGAUGAAAAUUCUGGUGAAAAUUCAAUCGACAAUAAUUUAAAAGUUUCAGAAAAUAUAGAGAAGGAUUUAAAAACGGAUGUAAAAACUACAAUAGAAUCUGAAAAUAGUAUUCCACCAAAAUUUUGGAAUAAAUUCAGUUUUGAUAGAGGUUCAGUGAUUCAAAAUCGAAAUUCAAAUUAUACUAUCGACAAAGUUUCACAGAUAAAAACGUUUAGCAAAACUAAAUUUAGUGAAUUUUAUGAAAGAGUAAAAAUUAGCAAAGAAAAAUUACCAAUAUUGGGGAGAUCUCCAUCAACAAUGGACGAAACUUUAACAACAACAUUGAUAAAAAGUAGCAACGAGAAAAAAGUAGAUGAAAAUUUGAUUGAAAAUUUUGAAAAUCAAAAAAAAGACGACGUGAAAUUAAAUGAAAAUGUACUUGGAAAUGAAAUAAAAGAAAAUAAAAUUUUGAAACAUAUUCAAAGCUCAACUUCCAUAUUUGAGGAAAAUGAAAAUAGCAAAAAUAAUGAUAUUGAAAUAAACUCAAAUGUAAAUAUUUCAGAAGGAAAUAACGAAUCUAAAGAUCAAGGUGAAGAUAGUAAUUCUGUUUUUAAUAAUUUUGAAGAAAACGUCUCUCAAAAAUAUUCAAAUAUUUCAAUAGAUAAAAAAGCCGUCCCCGAAAAUAAACUUAAAAUUUCAUCAAAUGAAAAUGAUGGUAGAACUUCGUUUACAAAUUUUCGAAGGAAUUUAAAACUCGGUAUUUUGGGAAGAUCAAGUACCUUGAAUCCAAAAUAUUAUCCUGAUGACGAUAAUAAUAGUUUAAAAUAUGAAUUUCCUACCAGUUCAUCUUUAGUGACACCCAUUGAUGAAGAACAAAUUUUAACAACUCCUACAUUUGUAUCAUCAACACCAAGCUCAAAAUCAAAAAAACGGCAUUUACCAUUUAGUGCAAUAUAUCGAAGUUUUAGUGAGCAACAACCAGAUGUUAUUGAUGAAUCAGAAGAAUUUCUUAAUGAAAGAUCUCAUAGUUGUUAUCAAGUUACUGACGGUCAAGAUUCUGAUAACAGGGAAAGUAAAAUCAAUAAUGAACCUGCGGAAGCUGUAAAUAUUAUACAGAAUAUAGGAAAUAAAAGAGAUGAUAAAAGUAAUAUCAGUACUAGCUUACCUACUUUCUCAACAGCAAGUAUGAUGCAACAUAUAAAAAGCUCUCGCAAAGCAGAAAAUAAUAGUACGGGAGGUAGUUAUGGUGAUUCUUCUUCAUCAUUGUGCAUGGACAUUUCACCUUGUGGUUCAGGUAGUGGCACUAGUACAAGUGAUCACCGAGAACUCUAUUUGCGUCGCAAAAGUACUUUUCUUCGGGAUAAUUCUUAUCAAUCAGAUUCAAGUCAUUGUUCAAGUGUUGACAGUUUACUAGAAUCUAGAAAACCAGAUCCAGAAACUAUUUUAAUUAAUUUAGGUUUUGGUCCAAUAGAUUCAGAAGAUAUUUUAGCAAAAAUACCAAAAAGAUUUUUGAAACCAUCCCAAGUUCGAGGAAUAGAUACAGAAGCUUUUUUAAGAAGACAACAAUUAAUGAACUCCAUUCACGAUCAUAGUGUACUUGGAUAUCGUGGUUUAAUUGGUAAUCCAGACAUUCCACCAUCAGUUAUAGUUGCUAAAAUAAUGGAACGUUUUGAACAGAAUGAAAGAAAUCGUUGGAAUUUUUACGAAUAUAAUCGACCAUUGUCUGCACCACCUAAUUCAGUGGAAAUACAAAAAUUUCAUUACAACACUUAAACUACAUUAAACAGUAAAUAAAUAAUUAAAGCAAUAUAAUUUAUUUAGGUACAUGCUUUUAUCUGAAUUAUAUGCAUGUAAUGAGAAUUGAAUAGCAAAAAAAAAAUUUAUUAAAUAUAAAAAACACAUUGUAAUAUAUGUAAAUCCUAUAUACUGGGAAAACAAUAUGUAAUAUGUUAAAAAUUGUAUUAGACUUAAACUAGAGUACCUAUAAACUUAACAAAAAUAAUGAUACAUUUUCUUAAUAUUACACUCUCACCAUUUCGAAUCUUAAAUAAAUAUUAUAAUGUAUGACCAAUAUUGAGACUUGUACAAUAUACAAUAUUUUUAGGUAAAAACUAUAUUUAGCUUUUAAACUUUUAAAAUUUUAUAAAAUGUUUUCGAAAGGUUUCUAAAAUAUUUGUUAAACAUUUUUUUUUUUUAUUACACUUUCUAUGGAAAAUCUUUUGCAUUUUAAAAUUUUGUACUGUGGAUAUAUUUUUUUAUGUACAUAUUUUCUAUAACAGGUUUUAAUAUUUAUAACAAAUUUAAAUACAUAUUUCUAAUUGACCCCUGUUUAUAUACGUACUUACAAAAAAAAAUUAAUAAAAAAAAUUUAACUUUAUUAAAGAACCCAUAGCUUAAGAUAUAACUAAAUAAAAUCUUCUACAUAUUUCAAUUUAAUUUAAAUAGUGAAAGUAAUAAGGUAUAAGAUAUCAGAAGAAGAGUCUUUAAGAUAUCAAAAUGUCUAAGGUAAAAAUUCUUUUAGAAUGAGAAGAAAAAAUUGUUUUACAUAAGUACCUAUUUCAUGUUGCUUUUAAUUGGAUAUAUAAAAAUUGUAAAUUUUAUUUUCCUUUUUAAUUUUAAAAGUAAGAUAAAUAUCUUGCAUUUCAAUAGUAUUUUAUUAGGUUUAGGUCAUUUAAGAAACAAAAUAUUAAACAGAAUGCUAAGUCCUAAUUUGGAGGUAUUCAAAGCUUUACUAAUUCUUUUAUAUAAGAUGUAAAGAAAUCUUAAACAUGGUUACUAAAAUUUUGAUCAAAACCAUUUUUAAACGAGUAAAAUUAAGAAAUUUUUUCAGCUAAUAUUAUACAAAUACAUUUGAAUUUUGUAAUUAUUGGAAAAUCAUCAAUUAAUAUCACAUAUUGCACUACUAUGCAUGAAGUAAAAAUGAAUAUACAGAGUUUUUAUUUCUACGUAAAAUUUAUAACUACUCACGAAUUAAGUUUUAAUAAAAUUUACAUGGAAAUAUAUUAAUGAAAAGCUCAAUUUUUUAAUAUCUUAUCAACAUUCUUUCAAUUUUUAAUUGCAUUAUCAAUAUUAAAAAUUAGCUUAAUAUUAAUGU